GGUGACUGCUUCACUACAGCCUCUGUAGCUUCACAUUGAUCCAUGCAUGCCGAGAUUGCUUGUUUUAUGAGUUUAGUUGGUUUAGUAUAUCCGGCAGUACGGUGUUUUAGGUCGCGGUAAGCAUAUAUUAAAAGGGACAACUGUAUCAGAAUGUCGCCCGACUGGUUUUCGGAAUACGUCACGGUGGACAAUGUGUGCCUAGGAGUCAAUGCCAUUACUUUGGGCUUGAUCUACAAGAUCUACCGGUCAAAGACGAAGAACUUCGAGGCUGUGCAGACGGCACGGCAGUUCGACAUCGACUCGCAUCUGGUGCAAAAGCUGCGGGAGGAGUACCCAGAUGGCAAGGCAGUGCACGCCGUCGUCAGGGGUCAGGUGAAGUCGCUCGGAGACACCCUGAAGAGCAGGCACAUCCGCAGUGCCAAGGCUGUCAUUCAGGAGUGCGUCCUCACUGAGCACAAGAUCCAGUGGAGCCCCUUCUCACGCUUCUGGUCACACACCCAGCGCGAGAUCCAACGCGUCAUCAACUAUGUCCCCUUCGCAUUGGCCUCCCGCCACAGCGGGGCCACGGUCGAGGUCGUCGACCCCCUCGAGUGUGAGGACGUCCCGGUUCAGUGUGUCUACGAGAACUUCAUUCCGAACCGCGAGGGCUUGAGUGGCGUCCUGUUCGGCUGGCUGCGUGGCGAGCAGACAAAGGGCAUCGAGGAGCAGGAGAUGCUCCUCGAAGAGGGCGCCACGCUCACGGGCUUUGGUACGCUUGCCACCGAGAAGGGCACGGAUGCCGUCCGGCUGAUGCCGCCGGCAGACGGCUCCUGCUACUACCUCACCCACCUCAGCCACCCGGCACUCGUGUCCAAGCUGAAGUCGGAGGUGGAUGUCCUCCGGGUGGCCUGCUUCGUCUUUGGCUUCACGGCGGCCGGCCUGUCCGUCUACAUCCUGCUGUCCUGGUGGCAGAGGCGGCAGCGGCGCAUCCAGGAGAUGAAGGACGCGACGAGGAGGGAGGAGGCCAAGAAGGAGCGCAGAAAGCAGACGCGGGAUGCCGCCGUGGCGUCUGAGUACCCCAACUGCGUCAUUUGCCUCAGCAACCCGGUGGAAGUGAUGAUGCUUGAGUGCGGGCACGUCUGCGUGUGCACGGACUGCGCAGAGCAGGUCAGGGACACGUGUCCCGUUUGCAGAGCGCCCAUCGCGAGGAGCGUGGCGGCCUUCUUACCCUGAGCGGAGGUGGGAUUUGUAGCGGCAUCGCUGCUAUUUCUUUGAAGUGCGGCUGUGUUAUUGAUUUUGUACAGUUUCUGGUGGGGAGUUGUUCGUCGAGGUCUGGCGGUGUGCGGCGCUUCUAUUUGUGAUGACUGCUGAUGGUUGGGGCUCAAAGAACUGAAAGAGGAUGUCUUUAUUUGUGUGAGGUGCCUUUUAUGCAACUUGCUAGUAAGGUGUAGUAGCCGACGAGAGAAAACAGAGUUCAGAAAUUCUUUCUUUCUCCCUCGUCAGCACGCAUCACAUACUGUAAAACCCUUUAUUUUCGCAGCCUCUAUUUUUUGCGAACCGGUCACAGAGGACAUAAUGGUGGCUGCUAAAUUUCGUAAAUUUGGAUUUCAGAAAAACAAUGCAGGAGAUGUAGGCGGGACGCUACAAUCCCUACAACACUACUCGUAAGGCAAUAUCUCGAAUGAACGGCCGUAUUUUCGGAAAAAGAGGUCGAGAUUGAACCAGGCCGACGUGGCGCGUGACGUGAAUAUACCUAGUUGCCUCCUCUCUUCGCUUCACUCCCUCGAGGCCGCGAGGCGGAGAAGACGCGAGGCCGUUCCUUCUCCUCCUUGGAGAAACAUGACGUGAACAUUUCUGUCAAAUGUGCCUCCUUUUUUUGAAAAAUACGGUCAUCCGUUUGAGAUAUCGCUGUAUGAGUGAUGUUUUGGUGUUUGUAGCACCUGUUGCACGCUUUUGCCGCGUGUUUCGUGGAAUCCAGAUUUUGGUUUAGCAUCCCUUUGAGAACCAAAAUUUUUGCGUGCCCCGAAAUUUCAUAAAUUUUUUAAUUCUCGAAAUUCCCAAAAUUAAGGGCUGACGAACAUUAAGGGUUUUACAAUAGUGUGAAUGUGUAGAGUACACUGAUCUGUGUUCCUGGUGUUACCAUACAUGCAUUUUACUUGUUCCUGCCCAGUAGCAAUGAGGGGAUGGACAAAAUGGUUCUAUUUUCAGUUGGCCAUGACAUACUACUGAUGGCUUAUGUGUGACCAAAAAGGUGCACCGACAAAAACAUGAUACACAUAGACACCAUUUUUAAAUUUCUAGAAAGAUUUUUUCUUUUUUCGUCUUACCAAUGUAGACAGAAGAACUUGGAUUACUGCUUGUGGGCUCAAAGCAUCUGAAGAGAAUCCACACUCUGGAGCUUGUCAGACAAAAGCUAUAUGUAAUAAAAACAUCCAGCUGGACUCAAAAAAAAAUUCUAGGUGCUCUCUUGUCACAGAGGACGUAAAAGAAGAAAGAGAAAAUCUCGAAGUGGAUAAGAAGAUCUGUGUAACCAGGUGUAUGGUAGCCCACACAAGUCUCAGCAGAGGCUGUGGUUUUAAUAAAGCUAUGCAGAGAGCAAGUCGUCUACUUGCGCAGGGGUUUCGGUGACGUCAGAACGACGCCGAGUUCUGAUUGGUUUCGAUUAGAAGGAUAGUGGGUAGGUGAACCUCAAUGCUAGAUUCCUUGAGGUCUACCGAUUUUGGGUAAAGUACAUUUGAAAAGUACUGGAAGUAAAGUACGAAAUAAGUGAGAGGUUGUGUACUUCAAGUACAGUAAAACCUCGUUAUAACAAAGUUGAAGGAGCGGUCGUAAUUAUUUCGUUAUAACGAUUAGUUUGUUAUAGCCAAUGUCCAUUUCUUCCCACUAUUAGCAAGCAAGGGGAAUUAUGAUUGCUUUGUUAUAUCCAUUAGUUUGUUAUAUCCUGUUUUGUUAUAACGAGGUUUUACUGUAGUACUUUAGUAGCACAUCUAGCCCUGGGGUUGUUUUAGGAUGUCCUGUGGACGUUCAUAGGACAGGUGUGUUGCUUGAGUAAGUACACCAGGCACUUAGCCAUGAUUUUGUUUAAGGGGGGGGCCUCCGCCCAUAACAAAAUGCUGUAUGAGGGGGAGGAGGCCCCAGCAUAUUGUAAAAUUUUUAUUUUUUUUUUUUUGGGGGGGGGGGGGGGUCCGGGCCCCAUGCCCUCCUUCCCCCCUUGGCUACGUGCCUGCCGGGCACACUGUACUUGAGUUAAAGUACUCUAAAUACAAUGUACUUUUAAAGUAAACUACAAAUACUUUAACAAUCUUUCAUGGUGCCCUUUCAUUCCUUUAUACCAGGGGUGUCAAACACGCGUCCCCGUUAUUCGCUAAAACAAACGUCAGUUCGCUCAAAUGGCGCCGUUCGCUGCUGACACAAACUCUGAAAAUUACAUGUUUUUACAUAUUUUGUUUUUAGUUCGUCCGUGGGGUUUUGCUGGAGUUUGUUUAGCUCCAAAUUUAAAGGGAAAAAUAUUUUAUGUAUUGAAGUAUAAAAACCUGCAUUCAGGCAAAAAUAAAGAAAGUUAUAUUUUAAUAAACCUUUAUUUGCAUAAGAACUCAAGUGGGGGGGGGGGGGGGGUGAUUCGUUCGAUUAAUUAAGUACAUCUUCGCUGUCCGGAAGAGUCGGAUAUGUGUGCAUCUUUUAUCUCAAAAUUAAGCGAUCCUUGUGUUGACGCUGAAAUCGACGCGCGCGUGACAGACUGUUCGCGCUCGACGGCCGUGGUUCGCUGCGUCUUUUAUUUCGCGGAGAUCUGCAACAGCAAAGUUGCGCAAUCAAUUGCAAAGCAACACAGCACUUCAAGAAGCCAGUGGACGCGGAAAACAUAACAAAAGACCGAUUUAAUUGCCAAACGCACGAACAAAACCCGAACCGGAAGUGUUCUCGGCUCCCUGUCGUAGCGGAAGCAACCUUGAAUAAAAGUAAAAUCACUACUGAAAAA